GCUCAUCCCCAAAGAGAUGCUUCACGCACCCGCCGCACCCCGUCCGAAGAAGAGGUCGAAACCAGGAGAGGACAGUUUCUGCAGGCGUGAAGAGGCGACGUUCCAGGAUGUUAGAAUAUUCCUGGUAGAGAGGAAAAUGGGCCGCAGCCGGAGAAGCUUUCUGACCCAGCUGGCCAGGUCAAAGGGCUUUGUUGUGGAAGACGUUCUCAGCGAUGUGGUGACCCAUGUGGUGUCGGAGGACAGCCAGUCCUCUUCCCUCUGGGCGUGGCUCAGGGGUCGCUCGUUGUCGGAUCUUUCCACAGUGAAUGUGUUGGACAUCAGCUGGUUCACUGACAGCAUGAGAGAGGGAAAACCUGUUCCUGUGGAAACCAAACACCUCAUUCAGGACAUCCUGCCAGAAGCUCCUAAGGCGGCUCCCGUGAACACGGUUUCACAAUACGCCUGCCAGAGACGGACAACCACAGAAAACAACAACAGGAUUUUCACACUGGCUUGCCUCACUCUGACCCAAAAAACAUUAACCUCUGAAUGA